CCAUCUGCGGAAAGCAAUUUACUGAUAUAACCUCAAAGUUGUGUUGAAUGCUUUUCAAUUGCCAAACAUAACCUCAUUGUGAACUCUGAUUUUGAUUUGUGGACCGAUCACAAUAAAUUGAGAUAUGGCGGGUGUUCUGUUUGAGGAUAUUUUCAAUGUGAAAGAUAUCGACCCCGAGGGCAAGAAGUUUGACAGGGUGAGCAGAUUACACUGCGAGUCAGAGUCGUUCAAGAUGGACCUGAUCCUGGACAUAAACUCUUGGCUGUAUCCGAUGGAAUUGGGAGACAAGUUUCGUCUGGUUUUGGCCACAACUCUACGUGAAGACGGUUACCCGGAUGGUACGGAUUGGGACCCGCGAGGUUUGGAUAACGAAGGCUCGAGAGCGGACAGCUUCGAGUACGUGAUGUCCGGAAAAGUGUACAGGAUAGAAGGGGACGAAGCAGCGAACGAACCUUCCAGUCGUUUAGCUGCGUACGUCUCCUUCGGUGGAUUGCUGAUGAGGUUGCAAGGAGACGCAAACAAUCUGCACGGUUUCGAGGUCGAUCAGCACAUGUACUUGCUGAUGAAGAAGCUCGCCUUUUAAACCAUCCAAACCUCUCCAUAUUU